AGAUCUUGAUCUUGUUUUGUUUUGUUUUAUUGAAGGAAGGGACACAGUACUACAAGAAAGCAAGAAUAAGAAUUGGCAGGAGAGAACUCAACUAUGUUCACACAAACCAAAAUAAAAACUUAAACCAUAGUCCAUACUUGUCAAAGUAAAAGAAAGGUUGAGUCUAGCUUACGCCAAAUGUGUCGUCUUAUUCUUCUCCUUCCUGUCAGACCCAUUACUAUAAAAGAAGCCACACUGCAUCCUUCUCCAUACCCUUUUGCUUUCUUUAUCCAAUAAUAAUAACCCCCUUUUUCCCUCUCCAUACCCUUUUGCUUUCUUUAUCCAAUAAUAAGAACUUCCCACGAGUGGCUUUAACUGGUCUGGUCUGGUCUGGUCGGACACACAAAAAUAUUAGUAUGGAGAAGGUGAGUUUUGUGAAGAAUGGAGAGCUUAGAUUGCCUCCGGGGUUUCGUUUCCACCCGACUGAUGAGGAGCUGGUUUUGCAGUACUUGAAGCGCAAGGUCUUCUCCUGCCCUCUGCCAGCCUCUAUCAUUCCUGAGGUUGAUGUUUGCAAGUCUGAUCCUUGGGAUUUGCCAGGUGAUUUGGAGCAAGAGAGAUACUUCUUUAGCACCAAAGAGGCCAAAUAUCCCAACGGAAAUCGCUCUAACAGAGCCACAAAUUCGGGUUAUUGGAAGGCAACUGGCUUGGACAAACAAAUUGUUACUUCAAAAGGGAACCAAGUUGUGGGGAUGAAGAAGACACUUGUUUUCUACAGAGGCAAGCCUCCUCAUGGAUCCAGAACUGAUUGGAUCAUGCAUGAGUAUCGCCUCAACAUCCUUAACGCCUCUCAGAGCCAUGUUCCCAUGGAAAAUUGGGUUCUAUGUCGCAUAUUUUUGAAGAAGAGAAGCGGUGCUAAAAAUGGGGAGGAGAGCAACAAGGUGAGGAACUCUAAGGUGGUUUUCUAUGACUUCCUAGCGCAGAACAAGACUGAUUCCUCAUCCUCGGCCGCCAGUGGAAUUACACAUGAACAUGAAUCAGAUGAACAUGACCAUGAAGAGAGCAGUAGCUCCAACACCUUCCCUUAUACUAUUAGAACGAAACCUUAACAACCAAGUCAACAACCACCUUCCUUAAAAAGUUGAUUAUCACCUAGUUUUUUUUUUUUUAAUUCUCUUUCCCUUUCCCUGUAAUCAUCAUCAACCACUUGUUGAAAGGAAGCAUCCCUCCCAAUGAGACCGGCAUUAGUUAAAGGGUAGCCUGCAGAGUAUGGUACUGAUAGUAGCAGUGUGUAAUGGACUCCCCAUUUUCCUUCAAUUUAACCUUUUUUUCUAAUGCCCAUGCUUCUUCUUUUAGCAAAAAGCUACUCAUUUUCAGUUUCAAAGGAGAUGCUUUGACAGAGGAAAAGUAGAAAGCAUAAGAAAAGAAGAUCAAAAUAUAUAUUGUCAAAAAUUAAAACACCGUUUUCAGGAGAAUAAGAACAUAAUCUAUGCGACAUCAGCGACGCACUAGUUACUUGCUCUUCUUCCUUUAGGGAAAGAAGAAGGGUGCCCAGCUCCUCAAUGUUUAUUCUUGCCGGAUCGAAUUUUCAAUAUAUUUUUUUUGGGCUUA